CGGGCUACUCCUCGGCAGCACCCCCCGAGCCACACCUCCCGCGCACGCCACCGGCCGCACAGGCACCAUCCCGCCGACGGCGAUGACGGUCGGCCAGCCGCUCCGCGCCGAUCCGGCCCAGCCCCAGCGGGCGCGCCGCAGCAGCCCGCCGGCGGCGCUGGACGCGGGCUUGGUGCCGUCGUACCCUCCGCCCGAGUCCGUCGGCGACGAGUCCUGGGUCUGGUCCCAGAUCAAGGCCGAGGCGCGGCGCGACGCGGAGGCCGAGCCGGCGCUGGCCUCGUUCCUCUACGCCACCGUGCUGUCCCACCCGUCCCUCGACCGCUCCCUCGCCUUCCACCUCGCCAACAAGCUCUGCUCCUCCACGCUGCUCUCCACGCUCCUGUACGACCUCUUCGUCGCCUCGCUCGCCGCGCACCCAUCCAUCCGCGCCGCCGCCGUCGCCGACCUCCUCGCCGCGCGGUCCCGGGACCCCGCCUGCGCGGGCUUCGCGCACUGCCUCCUCAACUACAAGGGCUUCCUCGCCGUGCAGGCGCACCGCGUCGCGCACGUGCUCUGGGCGCAGAGCCGCCGCGCGCUGGCGCUGGCGCUCCAGUCCCGCGUUGCCGAGGUGUUCGCCGUCGACAUCCACCCGGCCGCCGCCAUCGGGAAGGGCAUCCUGCUGGACCACGCGACGGGCGUCGUCAUCGGCGAGACCGCCGUGGUGGGCGACAACGUCUCCAUCCUCCACCACGUGACGCUGGGCGGGACCGGCAAGGCGGUGGGCGACCGGCACCCCAAGAUCGGGGAAGGCGUGCUCAUCGGCGCCGGCGCCACCAUCCUCGGCAACGUGAGGAUCGGGGCCGGGGCCAAGGUCGGCGCGGGGUCGGUGGUGCUCAUCGACGUGCCGCCCAGGAGCACCGCGGUGGGGAACCCCGCGAGGCUGAUCGGCGGAAAGAAGGGCGAGGACGUCAUGCCGGGGGAGUCCAUGGACCACACCUCCUUCAUACAGCAGUGGUCCGACUACAUCAUUUGAGCCCAGCGUCCAGCGAGCUGGAAAAGACCUCGUCUUGCUACUGCUACUAUACUCUUGUUUUUUCGUUGUCUGUGUGUCCUGUGUUAGCUGCAAGCUCUGGCUCCGGUCUUGCUCCUCUUUGGAGCAUUGGAGUCCGGACAGAUGUGUUGAGAGUUCACUCUGUAAUUUUCGAAGCAGAUGAGCAAUGCUACUUUUUGCAAG